GAACUUUAUCACAUCUUUGUUAAAAAAAUGAUUAUUUGCCUUGGACCAGUGGGAUCUGGGAAAACUUUGCUUCUAAGAAGUUUAAAAAAUAGUGGAAGCAUUGAUAACACUACAACAGCUGUAUCGACCACCGGAACAGAUAUUUUCAGUAUUAAAAUUGACGAAAAGAAAUACCAAAUCAGAGAAAUAGGAGGUUGCAUGGCUCCAUUGUGGCCUAAAUAUUUUGGAGGCGUGAAAAAAGUCAUUUACGUAGUAGAUGUAUCAAAUUUGUGUCAAAUAUCAGCGGCUUGUGUUCUUUUGUAUACCGUCUUGGUUAAUCCAGUGUUAAAAAAUGUACCAAUUUUAUUAGUGUUGACUAAAAUGGACGUAAGCUAUAGGCAAAUGCGGAACGAAGCUUUGCUUAUGCUGCAAAUGAAGAGAUUGCAGAAAGAAUUAAGACAAAAAAUCGAAAUUACUGAAUACAGCGCAAUUACUGAAGAAGGAAGAAAGGAGAUAUUAAAUUGGAUAACUAAAAAGGUUGCUUGAAACCUCUUCACAAAGAAAAAAUUAAGAAUGGAAUGUUUAUGUUUACCAUUUAUUAUAUUUUUUUUGUGGAUACUGCUUAGACGAAGAUAAUAUUAGCCAUUGAUUUGCUUAAAUUUCAAAUGUUUGUUAGUUUAGUUCUCUCAAUAGUAUAAAUAUUAUAACAGAGACAACCCAGCGAGACGUGUAACUCAAUCUUAGAUUAUACAACCCUUAGAUGGAACAUAAGACACUGCGCAUAAUCCCACUUCGAAAUUAUUCACACCCACCAAUCACAGUUGAGAAUAUCACAUGUCAGAGCGUUGUUCAUCCAAAUUUAAUGUGUCAACGAGAAUUAAUUUGGUAUUUAAGGACCGAUUCCACCGUUGUGUUAAUCGAAGUUUAAAAUGACAUUUUUACAUUAACAAUGUCAUUUAAAUCUCCGUUUAACACAACGGUGGAAUCGGACCUUAGUGACUUAAAUCUUAGAAAUGAACGUUGAAAAUGCCAAGAUGUGUUGUAAAAAGCUUUAUUUAUAAUAAAAGUGCGAAAUGUGACGGAGAUAAAAGAAACUUACAUUUAUUUCGGUGAGUUAUUUAAUUUUUAAAGAUUCUGUCGAUGGCCAUAUUUGUUGAUUUGAAAAUAAACAGAAUCGGACUUGGUCAUUG